AUAUUAAGCAGAGUUACUCGAGCUUUUACAAAAGGCUCCAAUCCUCACGACAUAGUUUUAAUUUAUUAGUUUACGCAAUUAAAUGCGCAUUAAUUUUAACUUAUAAACAGUAGUCUUCGCGUCACCGUGAGGUCAUGUGACUGUUAAUUUAUAAGUUACAGUGCUUGAGAAGUUUUAGUUUUCAAGUGACAAGUGAUGUAAUAACUGAUUAUUUUGGGUAGUGUUAGUUUUGAGUAGCAAAGAAAUGAAUUUAUAGCUUGUACAACUACAAGUAAAGAUAAUGGCAGCAGAAAUUAAACCUGUUGGAGGGGCUGUAGAUAAUGUGACAAAUUCUCACAAACCUGAACUUCUGAAUAAGCUGGAGGGGCAUCAAGAUACUGUGAACAUGGCAGCAAUUAUCCCAGGUGAAGAUGGAGUGAUCAGUAUCAGUGAUGACAGGACUGUGAGGAUUUGGUUGAAAAGAGACACAGGACAAUAUUGGCCAAGCAUAUGUCAUUAUAUGCCAUCUGGUGCAACUUGUAUGGAUUAUAAUCCUGAAACCAAAAGACUUUUUGUUGGAAUGGAAAAUGGCUCAAUAUCUGAGUUUCAAGUUGCCGAGGAUUUCAACAGAAUGGCUCAUCAGCGUAAUUAUCUUGCACAUCAAGCCCGUGUGACUGGAGUUGUAUUUUCACUAAUCACUGAAUGGGUACUAAGUGUGGGACGUGACAAAUAUUUUCAGUGGCACUGUUCUGAGUCUGGCCGAAGAUUUGAUGGUUUUCAGUGUAACGCGUGGUGCACAGCUCUUCAAUUUGACAUGCAAUCCAAAUAUGUUUUUAUUGGAGACUACUCGGGACACAUAACUAUGUUGAAAAUAGAAGCUUGUGGUUACAGACCUGUAACGACACUUAAAGGGCAUUCAGGAAGUAUUCGUUGCUUAUCAUGGGAUGCAGAGCGUCAGAUUUUAUUCUCAGGAAGUUUUGAUCAAUCCAUUGUAAUUUGGGACAUAGGUGGUAAACAGGGAACUGCUUAUGAUCUACAAGGGCAUCAGUAA